AUGUCGCCUCAACCCCAUGUCCGGCCUGACAUUUAUUACUUUCCAUCUAUUCGAGCGACUUUGUAUGACGCACUUGUUAAAAACACACCGCUCCGCCAUUUGAUACCGUUCGACUCGAGGAUUGCCGGCAUCAUGAAUAAUCCUGAGGCUCUCAUCCAACAGGCCGAGAAGCUCGUGGCUAAGGGCAAGAGCGGAUGGAGUUUCUUUGGCGGCUCGGAAGAGAAAUAUGAGCAAGCUGCCGAAUGCUACAGGAAUGCGGCCCAGGCAUACGAGAUGAAUGGUAGCUUUCUCGAUGCAGCCGCUACAUAUAUAAAAGCAGCCGAAAUACAGGAGAAGAAUCUCAGUGAUGGUUUCGAGGCCCCCGACAACUACGUCCAUGCCUCCGAUGCUUACCGAAGAGCCCUCAUGGAGGAGGUCAAGCGGCCGAUCAACGACAACGAAAAGGCCGAGGUGAAAGCGAAGGCGAUAAACUGCCGAAAAAAGGCCAUUAAAUUGACCGAGUCGUCCUCCAGUUCAAGUAAAUUAAGAAGAUUGUCGAGAAUGUACGAUGCAAUUGGUCAGAUAACUGAGACGGACAUUGCGGGCCCGCUUGUAGAGGCGAGGCAGAAUCUAUUGAAUUCGAAGACGCUGACUGCCGCGGAUGAGGAACGCAUGAAACAUCUGGCGAAGGAAUUACAGCCGACUCCCAAUGAGGCCGACGAGCUGCAGUGGCUGCAGUCGAAGACAACGUUUAGUGACGAGGAGAAGGCGCAUCUGAAGUGGCUGGAGAGUCAAAUUCUGCCAGCCCUGGAUGAAGCGCGCAUCGCGUACAAAGAAGCUGCUAACUUUUUACGCUUGGACGCGCCGCUGAAUGCCAACGCUCUACUAAACAAGUAUGCUGACAUCAGCGUCUUCAUCGCCACUCUCCUUCCCCAUUCCACCGAAAAGGGCAAUGCCAAGUUCAACUACUACGAAGACGCCCUCAACGCCUACGCGACUAUUCUCAAGGUCCUGCAAGGCGACCCAAAGCACAGAUUUAAUAUCCCUCCUUAUUGCCUCAAGUGGUGCGUCUGCCGUCUAGCCCAAUGCGACGCGGAAGCCACAAGACGCGACAUCCCGAAAUAUCAGGCAAUCGAAAUGGACACGUAUCGGCAACCCCAAAUGAGUCUGAGAGAUCAAGAACAAAAGAUAGAAAUCGAAUCGAAGAAGUAUACGCUGCUCUUAAACCUGAACGAAGCCAUCAGUAAUGAGAGUCGAGCGGCGAUUGAUGAGUUACUGCAGGUCAACUCGGUGGAUAUAUGGCAGAGGAACGUUUUCACCGAUAUCCAAAACAAGUGGGAGGUUGAGUUUGAGUUUGCGUAG